AUGAAAUUUCAAUCCCUUAUUUUUAUCUUGGUCAUUCUGUUUGCCUUAGUGGCCACAAAUCAAGCUAUAUCAACAAGUGGUUCACGUCCCAUCAACAUCAACGAUCCACAUGUGAUCGAAAUCGCUAAUUUUGCUGUUACGGAGUACAAUAAGAAAAAUAACGAGGCGAAAUUGAAGUUCGAGAAAGUCAUCAAUGGUAUAUCCACAACUAUUAAUGAUGAGACCAGCUACCGUCUGACCCUUGCAGCUAACAAUGGAUCAUCUUCUAACAAUUAUGCAGUCAAUGUGUUGGAGAAGCCAUCAAAGAACUACACCCUCACAUUCUUUGCACUUAUUCAAGCGUAA